AUGUUUGACCGAAUGAAAAAAUUAUUUGUGGAAUUGAUGGAAUAUUUCUGUUUGGAUUCCAAUAAAAUGUCAGCAGAAGAAUAUUUUGGAGAUAUGAACGUAUUUUUGAAAAAUUUUGAAAAUGCCCAUAAGGAUAUUAUGAAGUGGCGUGAAGCGGAAGAAAAGCAACGAAGACUGAAAGAGCGAGCUGAAAAAGAUAAAGAGAAAAAGAGAAAGAAAAAAGAAAAAGAUCUAUCGAAAGUUAAAACGGUUAUCAAUUUAGAUACAGCCGAUGAUCAGGAAGGUGUGUUAGAUGGCCUUAUGCAAGCUUUGCAGACUGGAAGCGCCUUCAGAGAUCCUACAAAGCCCGUGAGAAAAAGGGAAGGCAAGCCAGGAGAUCGCCGAUUAGAUGAAAUUCGGCGUAAUAGAACUCGUGGAAAUGUUAGAAGUGUAGUGUCACCUUCGCAGUCAUUGGACUUAAGCGAUGACGAUACCCCUACCAAGCGAUUAAUUGGUAGUCCAAAAGGAAGCCGUCGUAAGGAUGUAGUAGAUGACGUAAAUAGAACGCCAUCCCCUAAAACAAAGCAAAGGCACCGAAAAAUAGGUGAAAACAUGGAAAUAGACGCCGAAAAAUUACUGAAAAGAUUGGAAGAUCUAUAA